ACUCAGUAGAUGCCUAUGGACGGUCAUCAUUUCCAUAGUUUGUCACGUGACCCACACUGCCAGCAGCGGUUCCACAGCAGGCUGUACUGGCAGAUCACGUGACCAGCUGCCAGCCAGGAUCGAACUGUAGGCUGCUACAGACUGCGCUCUGACGUACUGCUUUGCGCUCCUCUCAGUGCUGUUACAUGCAGCUAUUGUAGUCGCCACUGGAUUUUAGCUAUUCGUUUUACCUCCCAUUUUUCCAGCGACGAAGGAAUGAAGAGUCUUUUCAAGUAAACGAUAUUGACAUGAAGAAGGAAAUAGAGGUGCUGAUAGCAGAGGAACGUGCUGAGAUCAUCUCUAAAUAUAAUAAGGGUAGAGACGCAGGAGUUCAGAUCGAUCCUUGGGAGGAUGCAGACUACAGCAUAUACAGAGUCACAGAUCGCUUUGGAUUUCUUCAUGAAGAAGAAUUACCCACACCCAGUGCGCUUGAAGAGAAGCAUAAACAGGUGGAGCUUGAAAGGGUGCAGAAAUGGUUGAAGAUGCUGAAGAACUGGAGCAAGUACAGGAACAGUGACCGGAUGAUUAAGAGGGUGUAUAAAGGCAUCCCACUACAGCUGAGAGGACAGACCUGGGCCCUGCUACUGGAUGUUGAGAAAGUCAAGAGUGACAAUGUAGGAAAAUAUGAGAGAAUGAAGGAGCAAGCCCAGCUGUACUCUCCAGAAAUCAAACAGAUUGACCUUGAUAUCAACAGGACCUUUCGAAACCACAUCAUGUUCAUGGAUCGAUUUGGUGUAAAGCAGCAGUCUUUAUUCCAUGUGCUCUCUGCAUACUCUGUUUACAAUACAGAAGUGAGUUACUGCCAGGGCAUGAGUCAGAUUGCUGCCAUAUUGUUAAUGUUCAUGAAUGAAGAAGAUGCAUUCUGGGCUUUGUCCCAGCUCUUAACCAGUCAGAAACAUGCCAUGCACGGAUUCUUUGUUCCUGGAUUUCCCAAACUUCAGCGUUUCCAAAACCACCAUGACCAAAUUCUCUCCAAACUUUUACCCAAACUAAAGAAGCAUUUGGAUAAGGAGCAGAUGACCAGUGGGAUUUACAGCACUAAAUGGUUCCUUCAGUGUUUUAUUGACAGGACCCCAUUCACUUUGACCUUGCGUCUGUGGGACAUCUUUAUCCUUGAGGGUGAGAAAGUUCUGACAGCUAUGGCUUACACCAUCCUUCAGCUACAUAAAAAACAAUUGCUUAAGAUGUCUCUGGAGGACCUGAGAGAGUUCCUGCAGGAGAAGAUAGGAGAGUCCAUCUACCUCAACGAUGACCAUGUCAUAGAGCAGCUUAAAGUUUCCAUGUCUGAACUUCGCAAAAUGAAGCUUGACCUCCCACCACCAGCUAAGCCUGAUGAGUUUCCACGAAAACCUCUGGGUCUGGAGCUGCCUGUUGUUCUAACUCCGGUCAAACGGCCCAAGCCGAGCCCUUCAGAAGAUACACCCAACAAAGCCCAGCUCAUCAAACGGCCACCUGCCUCUCUGCACAUCUCUCUACAGCAGGAGUCCAUCGUGCUGGAUGACAGCCCUUCACAGGAAAAGAAGCCUUACAAUGAUGGAGGGACUGGAAGCAUGUCUCCCCUCCCCUCACCGGACCCUGUUCUAGUGCACAGCCAGAUUCCCCUCACACCUGACGGAAUGAUAGGAGCCCCUGAGGACGGCGGGGAAUGGCCUCCUCCAUACGAACCUCCUGUACCUGAGCUUAAUGAGACUCAAAACCCAAUGGAGCUGUGCGACCCUACUCCACCUUCAAAUGUGGAUGAUAAAAAGCCUUCACAAACAUCUCAUAACUUGGAGCAAGACACUUCAGAGACAGCAGAGGGCAGUGUGGUGGGCGAUUUACCCUCAGACAAUUUUGAAUCUUUUUCAAUGCAGCCGCCUGACGUUUCCAUUUCUGAAAAUUACGAGGGACAGGUAGGGGAUGACAAUUUUUCAGAAAGACUCUCUCCUAAGAUCUCAACAGCCUGUGAGCUGUCACAGUUACCUGCCAAACGAAUCCCCACAGUCCAUUCAGACCCUCUGUUCCAGCACCCGCCUCAUUCCAGCCAACACCUGCCCAAAUCAGAGACAUUUUAAGCUGCCAACUGACUUUUAUUCAAGUACUCUGCCAGUGGUCCUGUGGAGAGCAUUAUAGAUUUUUCAGUUUUUCAGCAUUUGUCUUUUCAGCAGCUCAAGUUUGCUCUGGUUGAACUCACUUUGUGAUGCUAUUGCACUAACAUCGCGUCUGGCACAUAUGACAAAGAUAAAAGCUUCAUAAAAAAGUGAGCUGGCUCACUGCUUAAUACACAACUUAGCAUAUAGCCAAUUGUUUUAUGAACAACUGCCUUCCAACUUAUCUCUCACAUUCUCUGGGUUUGUAUAGUACUACAACUCAAUCACACCACAACACCGCCGAUGGCUUUGCAAUUUCUGGGCACAAAUUUAAUGACAUGGUGAAAGCUUAAAUGGAAAAAAAUUGGAACCACGCUCUUCAAUUUGAUUUUUCACUACAGUCAUUUUCAACAUUCAGAAUCAACCAUUAGUUAAUAUGCUAUCCCUAGUAAAAACCUAAUAUAUUUAAAAUACAUUUAUUUCAUACUAAGUAGAGUUAGCAUAUUUACUGACAUAUCACUCAAGAUUUACUGAUAUUAAAAUUAUAAUUACAUUUUAUUUAGAGUUCUACUUGUGCACAAUGCACAUUUCUUAAUAUUAAGCCUAAAAAAUCAUUAGUGAUGAGGAUUGUAUGAUCUUUGAAUAAUAUCUGUCUUUAAAUACAUAUUUAAAGUAUACCUAAAGAAUACUCACAAUAGUUGCACAUUAGCACAACCAAAUAUACUUCAGUAUAUCUUUAGUUGGCCUUCAGCACUACUUCUGCACAAUUAAGUACAAAAUUAGUUGUUCCAAAUUAGUAUACUAAAAGAACAACUGCAGGGUAUUUUUAUUAACUAUAUAAAUAUGUAAAUGCAUUUGUUGUAGUAUUCUUAGAAUGAAAUAAAUGUUUUUCAAAUACAUUUUAGUAUAUUUAUUUUUCACUAGGGAUGGCUCGACAGAAUAUUGCAAUUAUUUGUUAAUAUCACAGACCACUCCAUGUUACAUAAUGCAGUAGCUUAUCCUUUCUGAUGAACAAGUAGAGUUAUAUCCUUGUAGUAUGUGUUCAUUUGAAUGCUUUGUGAUGUGAAUUGUUUGUUGAUAACAGCUUUAUGGUACAAUGCCAAUUUUGCAGUGUCCACGAGCCAAUGUUUUUUUUAUUCUGAUGGAAAACACCACAAAGUAGUUUAAUGGAAUGUGUAGCAGUCUGUUAGAGUAUGUUCAUCUCAAAAUGAUUUGUCACUGUUUCAUUGAGACCGCUGCGGUGUCUUUGCGAUUUGACUUCCCAGCUGAUGGCAAUAUUAAACAUGGCCUUCAAUAAGAUUCAUCAAUAUUUUUCUGGUUGUUUCUAAACACAACUUUCUGUACAUUUCAUAUCUGUACUUGUUUUUCAUUUGUGUGAACAUCUUGUGCAUUUUGCUUCUUAGAGUAUUGUAUUUUAAUGCUUAUAGGAUUUAGCAUUUGUAACAUAAAUGACUUAAAUGUCAGAUUUGCUUUCUGAUAGUCUUAUCUAGCAUAUGCUUGCUUUUGUAAACUGUCAACUGAAAGCUGUGCCCAGGAAGUGCUUCAGGUUUACAAUUUCAACAGGUUGAACAGAUUCAGAUUCUGCUUUGACGCUAUAUGUCUCAUCAUUAGAAGUAAACCAGGACAAAAACUACAACUUUAAUCUAAAACAGAAUAGCUGGGAAUCAGUGAAAAUAAGUAUUCCAAACAUAAAUAAUUAUACAUUAAUUAAAUACUGGUUAUCUAAGCACCUUUUUUUUGUCUCUCAGAAUAACAGUGUAAACCUAUUGUAAGUCGAGUACUGUUGCUAUUAUGCCAUUGAAUUAAGACAUUGAUGGUCUUACAUUCUAUUACAGUGCGGACACUGUCAGAUGCCUCUGCAAUGUGUUCAUCUGUUUGAAAUUAAAAAAAAAA